CUGUCGCACGUUUCAUCGCGUGCUUCUUGGUUCAAUCUGCCUACUCACGAUGUGGUCGAGAUCUCAGACGCAGGUCACCAGGGUCUGCUGGCCACAAAGAUAGAGUGGUCUAUGAAAGAACUGAAAGAUCUUUACAUGUUCGCACAUGCAAUGGAAGAUUCCGACGUGUGCGACAUGGUCAUUGACCAAAUUCACGAGGAGCUACAUCACCCCUGGUAUUGCCUAAGACGCUCCACAACUGGUAUGAAGGCGGCGUUCAAGCUUCUGGAUAUUAGUCCUGCGUUCGUGAACUCCCUUUCGAAAUAUGAGAAGGAGGGUUUCGAGUUUCUCGCCGACGUUUUGGUUACGACAGUUGAAGACACACUGGAAUUGCUGAGGACGUCCGGAAUCGGUAGUUGGCGCCACCAAGUCAAGCGUACGCUAAUCGAGAAGCUGGAGUCUAAUGAGGCAUCCGAAGCGAGCAAGAACAACACAGCCGUAAUCUACCCACACUACCAUCAUCAUCAAGGCUCAGAGGUAGGAUGCUACAAGUCGAAAGUACCCGAAACGCUGACGAUGGUCGCCAGCGCUAUGCAAGAGCUGCCCAGUCCACCACCAACACCCAAAAAGCAAUUCGAGCCUUGCAAGUGUCAGCAGUCAUCUAAGAAUUCCAAGCGGAGGAGGCUACGGACUGACAAGGUAGCCUUUGAAAAAAUCGAACGUAGAGCCAGAGAGGCGAGUGAAGGUGUACAUUCUGAGUCGAACGACGAACGACCCAAGUCAAGGUUCCAGAAAUCUCAACAAGAGCUUCAUGACAACUGGAAUGAGUACGAAGACAUCUCUGAUACCGAAAUCUUGUCAGAAGACGAAUACUGCAACGCGAUCAUUGUUCGUCUUCCUGGGGUGUAUAGCAAGGCUCGUGAUUUCUUCCGAAGCAGCACUGGAAGUUAUGGAGAACCAUAUAAACACGCCCAUGUUUCAUCUGGCGCGAAGCAAUGGAAGCAGAGUAAUCGGAGCUCCUAUGGUUUAAAGUAUCGCGACAAGGGAAUGAACCUUGUCAAGGAUACGGCGGGGGUGCAGCGCAAGAAGGUAGCAAUCGUCAAAGAGAGGCUGCAAAUGUUUCGCGACUACGGUUGUUUCGGACAGCGGAAAGGUUCGAGGGCGAUUGAAGACUAUGCCUAGGCUGGCAGAUGAAGACGUUGAAAUGAUGGACGAGGAUGAAGGUGACCAUAGGAUCUGAAUACUGGUCAAAGUAGCGCGGCGACAAAGGUGGUGGUCGUUGAAGCCAGGAUGCUUGUGGUGGCGUUUGGGCUGAGGAAAUGUUUACGCAACCUAGAGCACCUCAUGUUGAUGCGGUAUGUCAGGGUAUAUCAGGGACUGCCUAGGUACC